GUUGAUGCCUGGGAACCAUGGUGAUUCAUUUCUUAAAAGCACAAAGAAUAGCCAUGCUCUCAGAGUUUUGCCAUUGUGUUUAAUUCAAUGGAGCAUUGACAGCCCACAUUUCUAUUUUGAGUUGUUAUCACGGAACUGGCAGGCUGCUCUAUAGUUCAAUGCUUACGGCAAGUUAAUCAACAAAGUGACAUUGAUGAAACUGUCUGUCUCCGUUUCCAAUAAACUUUUUAGUGAGAAAUAUAGAAUUUUCAGUGUUUUGAGAGACAGACCUCUUUCUGAUAUUUUUGGGCCAAAUGGCUGGAUUACGACAUUACACGUCUUAACACCAGGACUUGAGUGAUGACAAGUUUGAUUUAGUUUUACUGAGCGCCUUCACCUUUUCCACAGUAUUACUCAAGUACUACCACUCUUUCUAACUCCAGUUACUUUUCAUUUAUUUACACUUGUUGCCAUGGAAGUGACUGGUACAGUACCAGUGCUGUUAAAAUUUGAGGUUUAUAAAAAUGACAGAUGGUUGGGUGUGAAAUUACUCAAAAGAUGAUGUUUGGAAAAAUGUCUCCGUGUUGUUUUUGCCCAUACAAUGAAAGUCAUUGGGGCCCCAUGUUGUUUUGAGGUUCUGGUGUUCAUUGUAUGGACAAAACACUUGAAACACUCUUCAGAAUAUCUUUUUUUUUUUGUGCCACUGAAGAAUGUAACAGGUUUGGAAUGAAAUGAGUUUGAGUAAAUGAUGACAGAACUUUCAUAUAUGAGUGAACCUCCCUUUAUUACUUUAGGGUAAGGUUAGGGAUUUGAGCAAAAAAAAAUUAAGCAUAAGCAAUAGUAAUAGUGAUGGUUGAUUUUAUAUAAAAAAAUAAAAAUCAAGUGAGUUUGAUAAUGGAGACAUGCAAAAUGUGCAGUGUUGGUGGGGCUCCAGUCGAAGAUUCACCAGCUAAAGGACCAGGCUAAGGUAGAUCAUCUUUAAGUUGGUCCGAAACAUGCUUUAAACCAAUGGUUCCCAUUCUCAACCAAGUUCCUGGAGCCCCACCAACACUGCACAUUUUGCCUGUCUCCAUUAUCAAACUCACUUUAUUCAGGACACAAAUUUGGGACAAUGGAACAUGCAAAAUUUUGCAGUGUUGAUAGGGCUCCAGGAAAUGUGGUUUGGAAUGGGAACCACUGGUUUAAAGCAUGUUCGGACCAAAUUGGUUUGGAACUGCUGCUUUAAACAACUACUAGGUUUUUCAGUGGUGACUUUGCAAAUGCAAUCAAGUCAUUAAUGCCCCGCAAUUUGGCAUGGACUCUACACUUGCAGUCAGUCCCCAUCCCUAUGGUAUAUUUAUCCCUAUAAGUAUAUUUUAUUAGAUUGUCGGCAAUCAAUAUGGUAAAAAGCAUCAGAUUUUGGAUCCUUGGUUCACUCUGCACCCAUCUGCACACCCGAGCAUGUUUGUCAGGCUGCAUUUCUUUGGCUCGUACUAUUACCAGAUGUUCCAGUGUCCAUAAACACAGACACAGAGGUCAGACAUACACACAGAUUUCUCUAGACAGUCCUCAUACACCACCCCAUGCUGUGAAUAAAAACAAACGGCUAACACAAAGCCUGGCCUGUUAGUCUGCAGCAGCCUGCACCUCUUCUCACUUCAAGUCCCGGCAUUCUAAACACACCACCAUAAAUAUCUGUCUCAGUGCCAGGCGUGACUUAACAAAAUAGGGAUCAGAUAGUCUUGAACUUCAUUGUGCUCAAUAGAAGACCUUUUAAUAUAGCAAGUAGUAGCAUAAAUGUCUGUAUAAAAAUAGGUUCGCUGCUCUGUGGGGUUAAUGUCACGCUGAAUGGUCUAGACCCAGGGGAUUUUGCAGGGUUUAUGGAGCAAGGCUGUGGGUGGUCUAUACAGCAGAAUUCUGGCUGGUCUUUGCAGCAGCAGUGUUGUCCAGGUUUGUGGUACUGAGAGUUUGCCUGAUGUAAAUCUGCUGUCUCACUCUAUGAAGGGAUGAAUAUGUGCUGUUUGUGUUUGCUGUGUUUUCACCGAGCAGCUGACUCAGGCUGGACUUGGCUGAUACCUUUUCAUCACUAUGGGGACAGCCUUUCUCUUAUCUCUUAUAGACCUUAAUCAGAAUAGAUGGUUUCGUUGGACAUGUAGGCUGUGAGAGAUAGAAGUUCAGUUCAUUCUUGUCAACACGAAAGUAUUCGCAAUGCAUUUUACCUCUGCAGAGAUGUAUUGUGAUUGAUUGUGUAAGUGAAGAAGCAUAUUGAGCUAGAAAGAAAUUUAGGAUGGGAUUUUAUCUGUUGUGAUAAUUGGUCGAAAAAUAAAAGGGCAACAUCAGCCAUUGAUGAGAGUUGCUGUAGAGGCAGAGCAAGGGGAAGAUUGUGAGAAAAAAAAAAACUAUUUAUUUGUAUUUAUUUAUUAAUUUAAUUUGGAAUUUCAUGCACCAAUCAAACUGUGGAUUAUAUGGUCCUGGGUCAUGUUUGUCACCUCGUUCGAUCUUAUGCAUUUAGCUAUUCCAUUUAUCUUUAUUUCUUGCUUUCCUCCUCAUUGUCAUCCUCCUAAUGGAUGAGGCCAGUGUCCGCUCCCCACCUUUCAAGUUGGGCAUUUUUUAGCCCCUUGUGUGCCUGGUUGAGGGGAUGCGUGAAGGUGGGGACUGUGUGUGUUUGCAGAUUCUGGUAGUGAUGGAAGGAAAGGAGACUGAAUGGGUGCUAAGGUUUUAGUAUUACCGUGGUGAUGGGAAACAGGGCCUAAUAAAGGUGAUAUAAAUGGAAACAGGUGCAUUUGUGUUAGGGAAAGACCCAAGAGUUCAGUAAAUCUGUAUGGUCAAUCUUUAAUAAAACCAGACUGGAUCAAAUCACACCACAAUAACCUUAGUAUUUCAGUUGCCCACAUGCAUGAAUUCUAUCUACAUGCCAAUCUCUGAUGUCACCAUCUUUGAACCCGAUUCAUCUGAUAACAUGGUGAUAUAUAAAACAAAUAUUCAAGAAAAAUGAGUGUGUAGGAUGCAUCUGAUUUAGUGCUUCUUGAUUGUUCGGUAAAAAUUGCUGGAGUGUUACUUAACAUAGGAGCAACAAUACAGCAUAAAGCAGGGGUAGAAGUUGAAUUAUGAUGUCAUGAAAAGUUUUACUUGAUCUAAUAAGAAAUGUAUGUACUUGGUUUAUUUCUGGGACUUUGGAAAAUGGGUACAUUUUGGACUCCUGCUGUUUUUUGCAUGUGUCCGUAUAGGAGGGAGAUAGAGAGAGUGCGUGGGAGGGAUGUUGCAUUGGAAUUGCAAUGGGAAUAGAAGGAAAAGGAAGGAUAAAGCACAUAAUAUUCAUUUUACAUUAGAAAGACAGUGUUGAGAGAGUCUUUAAAAAUCUGAAGGCAGUGCAUUUUUCAUAUUUCUGAGAGAUUGAAAGGUGGGUAUGAGCGGGGUGAAAGAGUGGAUGGAUUGACAAGGGAAGGGGAUGCCUCUCUCUGCUUGUGCUCCGACAUCUGCUCUCUGGCUAGAGCCAAGGGUGGGAGGAGUUUGAGUGCUCCUGCUGCAGUGGAGAAAGGGAGGGAGAGAGGGAAGGAAGGAGCGAGGAUGCAGCAGUGCCACAGAGGAGAGAGAGAGAGACUGCUUUCUGCAUCACACCACUCUAUCCUUCAUUUACAUUCCAGACGCUGGCUCCUCUCUGGAGAGCCCCUUCUCCGAUUGAAAUGCCAAUCACCACUUGCUGUUCUUUUAUUCUCGAUCACACACACUUCCUCCACAUUGCUGUGAGGGGGCUGGGUGCCUGACACGUGCUGAAGAGAUUCCCUAGUCUUCGUUCGACUGAAGACUGAAGUUGCUGCAAAGACAUCAGACUCUGGAUAACAUCAUUUUUUGGGGAUUUGUAGGAAUAAACAAUUUGACUACGUUAUUGUGAAGAAUCUCCAGCGCUGCUUAGUUGUGCUUGAUCCUCCGGACUAAUAACUGUUUGAGAGCGACUGGGACUUUUGUGAUCGGAGUGGCAAGGACUCUGCUUCCUCUGCUUUUUUCCUUGUGCGCGUCCUGUGCCGACAGCUGCCUGCCCCGCUCAGGUGCAGCUGUGCUUCUCCCCGGAAAGGUAGGGGACUGAUUAAAGAGGGGGGAGUUUAUGUUCUCUACUGCUGGAGUUUGAUCCGGAAUUUAAGCUAGACUCACCACCUGACCUCCACAACAGCUUGUAGUGAGUGACUCUCCUCAGGAAACUGUUGAUGCAUGUGUCUGCUUUGGUGAAAGGAUUGCUGUGGACACUGAGGACUAGUGGCUCAUGUUGCUGCUGAUAUGGAAGGCACCUGGCACGGACACCUCCGCCAUGUCUAUCAGGGGCAGCCGUACUGUGGGCAUCCUUUGCUGAGCUAGGCCCCCAAGGAACUAGCACCCUAAUUGUGUGCCCAAGCGCACCCUGAACAAGAUGAACGCAACUGAGUUGAACCAUAGCACAGAACCCUUCUGCCUGCUGGACAUUGGCUACUCUCAGAACUUCAGCUCCUGCCUGCUGGAAAUAGCUGUUAUUCUCUUCUUGACAGUGCUCAUCAUCUCCGGAAACCUGGUGGUUAUCUUUGUGUUUCACUGUGCCCCGUUACUCAGCCACCAUACCACUAGCUCCUUUAUACAGACUAUGGCAUAUGCGGACCUCCUGGUUGGGGUCAGCUGUCUUAUCCCCUCUUUGUCCCUCCUGCACCAUCUGGAGGGUGUGAACGAGAAACUCACCUGCAUGGUCUUUAGCUACAUGGUCUGCGUGUUGAAGAGCGUCUCCAUGGCCUCUCUGGCAUGCGUUAGUAUUGACCGUUAUGUUGCCAUCACCCGACCUCUUUCCUACACAGCUCUGGUCACACCAUGCCGUCUUCGCACUUGCAUUACCCUUAUUUGGCUGUACUCGGCACUCAUCUUUUUGCCCUCUUUUUUUGGUUGGGGCAAGCCGGGGUACCACGGUGAUGUAUUUAAAUCCUGCUCUUCCUGGGACACCCAGCCCCUUUUUACAGCAUUUAUUGUUGCAGCCCUCUAUGCACCAGCUGCUUUCACAGUUUGCUUCACCUAUGCCCAUAUCUUUCGGAUCUGUCGGCAGCACACUCGGCAGAUCAGCGAGCGAAGAGCUCGCUUUGGCCCACAGGAUCCUGAGCCGGGAGAGCAAGCCUGCAAGGACAAACGCUAUGCAACCGUGCUCUUCCGUAUAACCAGUGUGUUCUACCUGCUUUGGCUACCCUACAUCAUUUACUUUUUACUAGAGAGCGCAGGGAUAUACCACCAUGCCAUUGCCUCAUUCAUUACCACAUGGCUGGCGAUUAGCAAUAGUUUUUGCAACUGUCUCAUCUACAGCCUGUCAAACAGCGCCUUCCGCAAAGGCCUCAAGCGCCUCUGCCUGCUUUGUCUGCAACGUCGCGACACCAAGAAGUCCCUAAGAGAUCCACCAGCACCUCCGCGCCCUGCUUGCCAUGUGUAACACCAUUUUUUGGCAAGAUAGUGAGCUUGAUUUUGAUGGCAAGGGUCUUGUCAAGUUAAAAGUGGAUACUGAAGAUUUGUUUCGGCAUCUGUGCACUGUCCCAGUUCAAGCCAGGUAUUUUGAAUGGGGCAAGUUGACAAAGGUCUGUUUUCCCAUAUGUUUUGUUGCAGGAUUACGUGGCAGCAAGAAUUGGACAAGAAUUUGACCUUGGUCGUUAAAGAUGAAGUGGACCGCUAUGUGAGAGUGGGCCAUUCUCAUCAGUGUUUGCAGAUAUAUGAUUCUCAGCAGUUUUUUCUUCAAUGAUAGAUUAAGCAAUGAGGAAAGGAGAAAAAUCUGUGAGACAUGAUUGCGAAGUUCUUAGAUUGCAAACAAUAUUGUCUGUAUGCAAAAAGCAUAGUUUUCAUUAGUGACAUUAAAGCAAAGACUGAGCUGAGCUGUCUGCUCAGCAAAUGUCUUCUUGAAGACAAACUUGUCUUUUAGCAACUUUAGCUAGCUGAUCUUGUAGACUUUGUGGCAAAUUUACUGCCCUUUGUGGACUGUUGACUUUUAGUUCUGAUCAUGUGGUCAGAACAGUGAGAACAAAUAGUCUCUGUUUCUCCUGUUAACUGGCACACAUUUGUUUAUAUGUAGGGGGAAAAAAUGAUCCCUGCUCUAAAACCUUAAAUAUUAUAGACUAGAUGUUAAAAUGAUCUUCUGGACAAAGACUUUGAAAAGAUUAAAAGCAUUUCCAAGGGCUGACCUGGUUUUGGACUCAUGAUUUUAUUUAUGUUUUUACUAGUAAUAUCUAAUUCUUGCCUCUGAAUUUCUGAGAAUAAUCUGAUCCCUACCCUGCUCUCAGUGGAAGAAUGUGUUCGCUGGAUCCGCAGUGUUUUUUUUGUUUUGUUUUUUGUCUUUGAAUCAGUGACAAGUCUUGACCUUCAGCAGUCACAAUUGGAAUUUUUAAAAAGCCGUUUUCCCAAAGAACAGAAGUCGACCCCAGCCCGCAAGCAGUGCCACGAUUACAUGAACUUCCCAUUUUCUGCUAAAUUAAAGCCAUGCAGGGAUUACAUAACCACGCCUCCAGUCAGAGGACAUCAUUCUUGAAAAGCGCAGUAAUACAACAGCAAACAGACAACCUAUUUUGACUGACUAAUUUCUAAACCUUGAUCACACUGGAGAUGAACUUCCUAGCUGGAACCCGCAAGAUCCCUUCACCCCUAGUAUCACCUCUUAUUCUAUAGGCUAAACUUACUGCAAGUCACUUUGAAAAAAAUCUGUUCGACGACGACUUGGAGUAUUUUAUCUGAUUCAACUUGGAUUUAAAUUUGAUUGUAAUGUCUGCUGGACAAAAUGCCUCUUGGACUUGCCCUCUGCCCUGAAGUGUCAGUCAUAUGCAACUCUCUUGCCACGCUUGGUUCGCUUCCACUGGUUACAAUGUGUUUUAGUGGUAGGAAUGAAUGGUUAAGGGGAAUGGGGAACAUCUGUCUAAAUGCAUUGUCCAAAUGCACAAUCACACUUAAAAUAUUGUAUAAUGCAGUUAAGCACAACACAGAAACACAUGACCAUAACAGAUGUUAGUUGCUUAAUUCCGUCAUAGGGUCCUUAAGAUGAACAAGGCCGGAGUGGUAAAGGUCUCAAAGAUCAUUGUAUUCAAAUAAGGACUCUUAAUGGAUAAAAUGGAGAUCAGAAGAAAAGCUACUGAAACCGUGAUAUCAGGCAAAUAUUUCUGAAGAGUCCUGCAUGUCCUCACACACAAAAAACGGUGGAUCAACAAACUGUAUCUAACUGCGCUGUACUAUUUAUCUUUAUGACACAGACACAUGUACAUAAAUCAUAUGUGGAGGUGCCAAGAAAAUCAAGGGCAUUGAAAAUCAUGCCUUUUGUCUUUUUUUUUCAUGCUGUGACUAUGAUCAUAAAUUCGCUCAUUUGGAUGGUACUGUUAAAAAUGAUUUUUUUAUGCAGAUAGCUUUGUCCUCUUAGCUGACCAAAGUAACAAUAUUUAUUGGUGUUCUCUGAUGGAGUAGUUAUUUUUAUUUUUGUAAUAUAUAUAUAUAUAGAGGAACCACAAAAUGUAUUAAUUGUUGUCGAAUGGAUUGAUUGUUUGUAGUAAGAUGUUUAUUAUACAUUAACAGUCUGCAUUCCUCUUUGUAUUUAAUCUAAUAGUAUUUAUGACCUUUACCUUCUCUUAAAUUAUUUUAAGAGAAUGUUUUCCAUUGGAGAGGGUUAUGUAUUGUGGCAUAUUUCCAAAAACUUUUUUUAAAUGACACCAUGGAAAAAUGCUCAUUUUAUCACCAAAACCAGUAGUAUGACUGUCGGAAAUGGAUCUAGUUUCUAUGCCACGUCACUUCAGUUAAAGACUGAAGCCUUGCUUUCAUAAUUGUAAUACUGUGACGUGAAGAAGUGUCUUAUGACUAUGUCUCUUUAAGUGUUUGGUCAAGAUUUUGAUAGGAGACGUAUAAAGUCUGAACUGCUAUGUCAUGGCAGGGCACUGUGCAAUACUUCCCCUCACUAGACAGAGAUGGAGAGCGAGAGAAAACAUAUCAAACACAAUAGAAAAAGGGCUUUUAUUUUUUCCAAGUGUCCCAGCUUGUUUGUUCAAAUGUAGAUCUUGAUCUUGCGGCCUCUGGCCAUGUGCUGUUUUUGAACCAGAGCUGAAAGAAUUUGUGUAUCUCAGUUUAGCCAUUUACCCAGCCAUUGUUUUAUUGAUCGCACAUGACCGUGUGUGUACGCACACGUGCAUGGAUCUGUAUGUGCGUUAACAGAACAAAGGCGCAUGUCUAGUCAAAGUACUUGUUUUUAACAUUCAUCUUGAUUGCUUUUUGGACUUUUUAAUGCCCCUGGAGCUCUGGACUCACCCAAGACUGCUUCCUCCCUCUCUUCUUUAGAAACCUUCCCUGUAUUCAUUUAACGGAAUCAGAUGAAACAGCCAAGAUUUGAUGGUCAUGCUUAAGAAACUGCCUUGCUUGUGUAUUAACCAUUUGGAUUGGUUUAACUUUGAAAAACCAUCCUCAUUCAGACUGAUUCUGAUGUCUUUUCUCAUUGGUCGCCAGUUAAUUCUUUCUAUAAAAAUGAAAUUGUAGUUGGGUUUUCUACUUAAAUUGCUGUGAAAAUCCGGAUCUUGAAGCAUGCGCGUCUGUAUUUUCAGAUGCUGUAGAUAUUGUCUUCUGAGGUUAUUUCUGCUGUCUGAAGGAUAUUGUAAGUUGGAGUGUAUGUAGGUUUUAUGUACUACAAAUGGAAUUGUAUGUUUUGAAAUGAGAAUGGAUUUUGAGGCUCUGACGUUGCGUAAACAGGUGUCAACAUUG